UAACCAUGAAAAUUUUAUUCUAUUCGUUGAUUCGACUCUCUCUCUCUCUCACUCACUCACUCGAUCCCCACCCACUUUCACCUGAAUUCACCCACCCACCUAUUCCUUCAUUCACUCCACUCUCACUCUCAUAUUGAUUCAAGAAUCAUUCCAGUAACAAUCAACUAAUCAACAUCUUAUUUACAAUUGAAAGUGAUGAGAAUUCAAUUGUAAACAAUUAUUUUUUUAAUCAAGUUUAAGGCUAUCAGUUGAUUCCCUCCUCCCCAAUCAUCAUCUUCAUUUUAAUAUAAUUAACUGAUCAUUUUGUUAAUCAUCAUUUACUCUUGGAAUCAUCUCAAUAGAUCAACAAUCAACCAAAGACAAUUAAUAUUAAUACAAUUUCCCGCCUUCAUCACAAUCAACUUUCCAAUUCUCAUCAAAUUUGCUUAAUUAUGUUACUUUAUCAUUGACAAUCAUCAAGUUUGUCAUCGUUUUUAAUUAUUUGUGAUAAUUAUGUUUCUCUAUUACAAUUUAGUGAUAAUUUUAACAAUAACAAUUAACAAAUCAACUCAUGUUUAGAUUUUAUCUUGUCUUCGGUGUUAUUUAUAUUUGAUUAUCUCAUUAGUACAAAUUAGUAGUUCCUAAAUUGUUUCAUUCAAUUGAUAUUUAAUUAAAUCAUUUUAUUCAUUAAUCAUCUUUCCAAAUUGUCAACAAUUAAGGAUACAUAAAAAAGUUAAACAACAACGUGAAUGCCAACAACAGUUAAUAGAUUAGUCUGAGAUUAAUCGAAAGAGUUAAUCAUCUUAAUCAUGUUCUAAUCAUAAUCAAUAAUCAGCAACAAUCAACAUUGAACAAUCAGAUACACAGGAUGUGUUGGUAAUCAACUUGAAAUUAACAGCAACAGUGUAAACAACAGUUAAUUGUGAUUUUUUUCCCUCGAAUCAACAACUAAAUUAAACUACUCACAUUAUGUACAAACUUUGUGUACCAUUGAUUAUCAUCAGCUGCUAUUUAACCGCUUCCGGAUCCGGAGUACCAAGUUCAAUUAUUGGUGAUCCCUUUCAAUCAAUUAAACAAUCACUUGAAUUAGAUGCUGAAGUUUUAACUGCAGCAGCAAUUGGAUCGCAUUCAAAUUCAACCAAAAGAUAUGCAAUUGCAGCAUUUGAUUUCGAGAAAGUUUCAAAACCUUAUAUUAUUUGUCUUUGGAUCAUAAUUGUUGGUGUUGCCAAAAUUGGAUUCAAUUUAACUCCUAAAUUGUCAUCAAUAUGUCCAGAGAGUGUGGUGUUGAUGAUUUUGGGAGUUCUAAUUGGUUUGAUCUUCUUUUAUGGUGGAGUGUCCACUAAUCAAUCUCUACUGACCCCCGAUGUAUUUUUCUUCUACAUGUUACCACCCAUCGUAAUGGACGCUGGUUAUCAUAUGCCAAAUAGACUUUUUUUUGAUAAUUUAAAUUCAAUUCUGAUGUAUGCAGUUCUUGGAACCAUUUGGAACGCAGUUACUAUUGGAGGUGCUCUUUAUUGGGCAGCUACUUACGGCUAUUUCGGUGUCCAGUUACCCUUACUGGACGCUCUUCUGUUCAGUUCAAUUGUGUCCGCCGUUGAUCCGGUGGCAGUUUUAGCCGUUUUUGAGGAGAUCCAUGUUAACGAUGUCCUUUACAUCCUAGUCUUUGGUGAAUCUUUACUUAACGAUGGAGUCACAGUUGUUCUUUAUAAAAUGUUUGAAGGUUACAUUGAAAUGGGAGCAAGUAAUUUAUUACCAAUUGAUUAUAUUAGUGGGAUAACCUCAUUUUUUGUCAUCUCUUUGGGUGGAACCCUAAUUGGUAUAUUCUGGGGAAUCGCCGCUGCUUUUGUCUCAAGGUUCACCCACCAUGUUAAAAUAAUCGAGCCAAUAUUUGUCUUCGUAAUGUCCUAUUUGGCCUACCUGACCGCUGAGAUGUUUCAUCUAUCCGGUAUCUUGGCAUUAACCUUUUCAGGAAUGACAAUGAAAAAUUAUGUCAAUGAAAACGUUAGUCAAACAUCACAAACCACAUUAAAAUACGCGAUGAAAAUGCUGGCAAAUGCUUCAGAAUCCGUUAUUUUUUUAUUCCUUGGUGUUUGUACCGUAACUGAUAGUCACAAUUGGAAUACCUGGUUUGUGGUAACCACAAUUGUCACCUGUUUAAUAUUCAGAGCUUUAGGGGUAAUAUUUUUUACUAGUAUUGCAAAUAGAUUUCGACUCCAUAAAUUAAGUGGAAUGGAGCAAUUUAUCAUGUCCUAUGGAGGAUUAAGAGGGGCAGUUGCAUUUGCAUUGGUUUUGUUAAUCAAUGAGAAAUUAGUUCCUACCAAACGAAUGAUGGUCACCACUGUAAUUGCUCUCGUCUAUUUUACUGUCUUCUUACAGGGUAUGACCAUGGGUCCGUUGGUUAAAAUAUUGAAAGUGCCAAGAAGUAACAAAUAUGAGAAAACAAUGAACGAGAGGAUCCAUUGUCGGUUAAUGGAUCACCUAAUGGCUGGAAUUGAGGAUAUUUCUGGUAUGAUGGUUGGUAAUUAUAAAAUUAGAGACAAAUUUCGAAAUUUUGACAAUCGUUACCUGAAACAUUGGCUUCUUCGUGAGUCCCAUGAACGUUCAGCUUCAUCUCGAAAAAUAUUUGAAACAAUCUCUCGAUUAAAUAUGCAAGAUGCAAUUAACAUGGUCAAGGAUUCGAGUGUCCCUUCAUUGUAUCAUCAAAAUAAUAAUAACAAUUUACCAACAACUAAAUCAUUAUCAUCACUGUUUCGUUCCUACACUCAGGCCAAUCUUUCAUCACCGACAAAUGAACAAACUGAUUCAGGUGAAAUUAAAUCAACUUAUUUUACUAAUCUUCCAAUGGAUCAUAGUGAUUCAAUUCAUUUUAAUUUCGAUGUUGGUAACAUUGAAUAUAACCCAUCGAAACGUGAUCUUGUUGAUUUUGAAAUUCAUCACGUCCUCUCAGAUAAUAUGUUCAAACCAAUUAAGCGAUAUCGUAAAUACAGUAAAACCGAUUUAGCCGAUGUCUCUCCUCAAACUAAUUUCCAACAUCAAGCUAAAUUAGAGGUUCAACAUUUAGUUAAUCAAACUCGACAUCGACGUCGAGGUAAAAAAAAGAGCUCCAAUAAUGGUGCGAAUAUGAGUUCCAAUAAGAGUCAAUUGAGGCCAGUUAAUCAUCGACCGAAUCAAUUGCCUGUCCAGUCGAGAUUCGUGAGAGCUUCAAGUUUCCCCUCAAUGUACAAUAGUCCAGAAGAUGAUGGAAUCAUUUUUGUUGCUCGAUCAAAUGUUCAAGGUGAAGAUCGAAUUGAAAUUACAACAUCGUCGGCACUUGAAACACCGACUACAACAACAGAAGCGACUUUACCAUGGAGGAGGAAAAGCACCAUCGAUCCAUUGGCUACAGUUAAUGCAUCAGGUUCGAGUUCAUCGAAUUCGGGUCCAUUGAAACAAUCAGAAUUUCCUUCAUGGAUUGAGAAUAAAGAUUAUAUUUCCAAUUAUUCUUCUCCGAGUAAUACAAUUUUAAGAAGAAUCGACAAUCCAAAAUAUUGUGAAAAAAGGCCAACAGUUUACGAGAUAUUUACGAUCACUGAGAAUUUGGAAGAUCAUUCGAAUGCAAGAGAUGAAGUUGACAAUCGAUCAAAUUCAAAUGAUAAUAUGAACAUUUCUCCCCAUCAAAACGACCAUUUACCACAUUCGUCGAUAUCUUCACCUUCAUCGCCAAUCUAUUCACCCAACAAUCAAUCAACUACAACGAUAACCACAAUUACAGCUUCAUCUCCACCUAAUGUAGUUAAUGCUCGGAUUAAUAUGGGAUUUCUUGAUGAUGACAAUCAGAAUACUUAUCAACUAUAAAGUUCCCUUGAUUGUCCUGAAGACAAUUUUCUGUUUUUUUCUCACUCUUAAUACUAUUUCAACUCUCAUUACAAAAAUUGCCUUAAAAUUGUUAUUUAUCUUUAUUAUCAAGCCAAUUACGACUUCGAGAGUGAAAUUAAAAUUGAAAUAAAUCAUUAAAUCAAGAA